GUAUUAUCCGAAGCAAGAUGACUUUCGUGUUGAUGUUCAGCACAUCAACUCUACCUCGAAGAAAUCGCUGCAAUACUGGGCUGCAGUGCUCGGACUCUGUACAGAAUCGAAUCUAAUUUACCCCGCGGACGCAAACGAAGGUCGAGAUGUUUUCGCCGUCGGCAGUAUCAUUGUCAAAUCCAGCCAUCGACAUACAAGUAUCAAGAUUGACUACGCAUAUGCGGAUGCCAAUGCAGUCCAAGCAAUCAAUAUCGCCAAGAGAGUCCUGAGGGGAAUUAGGGUUCCGACCAUAUACUUCUCCGGCAAAAUUGACGGCCGCUCUGUGUUAGUCCAGGAACGACUUCCCGGCGUCAGUCUGGAAGUUGCCUGGCCAUAUCUGUCCGAAAAACAGAGAGCGUCUUUUAAGAUGCAAGCCAGAAUGAUUCUCGGGCGGAUGCAUACUGUCAAGCCCCCUCGCAUCCACCAGACACGAGAACAUAUCGUUCCAGACCCAGAUAUACUCACUAAUGGCCGCUUGAAUCCCCAGGAGGCACAGAUACUUUUCUCAGCCAAUCUUGAUCAGGAUCUGAGCUUCAUGCACAAUGAUUUCACGCCAUCGAACUGCAUCGUCAAUGACGACAAGAUUGUGGGACUCAUUGACUGGGAAAUGGCUGGAUACUUUGGCUGGAAGACAGCAACAGAGGUUCAUCGACAGAUCAGGUGCCCUCAGAGAGAACACUUUGCCAAGGCCAACGUGAGCGAGGAGAAGUUUCGGGAUAUCAUGUGGUGGAUUGACCUCUAUGAUGAUGAGUUGCCUUG